GUUCUAAUAGUCUAUGCAUGACACACAUAGCAUUUUAUAUGAAAUGAUCGCACUAUGUGUCUUUAUUAACUGUUUUUUCAAAUGAGGGCGCUUACUACAGGUUAUCUUGCAUUAAGGGGUUGCGGCCGUUUUAGGGGCCCAAUUCUCUCUAUUUAUCGCCGCUUUGGGACAUCAUCAGAUGAGAAUGCUUUAUCAUUAAUGGAUUCUAGCGGUGUUAUGGGUUCAUACGCUAAGGCGCUAUACCUUGCUGCCAAGUCUUCGAAGAAUGUGGACAAGGUUAUGGGUGACCUUAACAAUCUUCAUGGUGCCAUGUCCACGUCCGACGAAUUCAAUACUUUUGUUGUUAACCCGUGUUUACGUUCUGUGACUAAGGUUGCUUUUCUCCGUGACGACCUCAAGACUCUGGGUUUCCCUGAACUUCAGAAGGAGACUCUGAUCUGUCUUGAGAUACUUUUUGAACAACGCCGUUCUGGUGAACUUCCUCAGUUGAAGAGGCUAUUUGAGACAUUAUAUAUGGCUACCAAAGGUCAAGUAAAAUGUUUCGCACAAUCAGCUGUUGAGCUCAGUCCCAAACACAAGGCUGCCCUCGAAGCUGCUUUGAAAAAGCGUUUGGGUGAUGCACAUCAACCUGCAGUGACAUACAUAGUGAAUCCUAGUUUGAUGGGUGGUCUAGUUGUCCGUAUUGGAGAUCAGGUCAUUGAUGCGUCUGUGAGUUCGAAGCUUGAUCGUAUGUAUUCACAGCUAUCUCAAGCAGCGUAAUGGUAACUAAGUGUUAACGACGAUUUUUCAAUCUUAAGAUUGUCGCAAAAAUAUUGAUAAUCUGGCAACCAAAAAUUCAUAAACAUCGCGUUUUCUUUAUGGUUACUGGAAUGGUAAUGACCAUUGAUUAAUGAGAAUAGCAUGGCAGCAAUGUAGCUGUACCAAGGUUGUUUAACAUAUAAUGCAUAAAA